GUCUACGUGACCUUCGUCAUGUAUACAAACAUAGUCACGUUGCAUUGCUGCUGUACUAGUGUGCUUUGCUUGUCAGUUUCAUUACUUCGCCACUACAUUCAACAUCAGUCCCUCAGCUCGUCGAAAGCUGAAUAAAAAGAAAUAAGAAGACAAAUAUUGGACAGCCAUACAUGUUGGCUGUGAUGUGAUAGACUGAUAGUGUUACUGCUUGUAAUGGCUCCAUGACUUCAAUGCAAAAUAUUUUUUGGCAAGUUGGUCACCCUUUGUUGAAGACAAAGGCCAUUCAGAAAUCCUGCCAGAAGUACUUGAGUUCCAGUCAAGUGUCUGUGGCCCUGAGACCAUUCUAUUUUGCAGUUCAUCCUGAUCUUUUUCAGCAGCAUCCUCAAGAACGAGACACAAACGAGGAUUCACUCAAGCAACUCAAUGGAUACAUAGAAACACUUAUGCAUUCAAAGCCUGUUAGGCCAGCUAAAGUCAAAUUCUUUCUGCGCAAGCAACAGUCUGCUGAUCAACAGUUCAGGGCUGUAAGCAUCUCUCUUGCCCAAAGAGACAUCCGUGGAGCAGUACAGAGUAUUCUUUCUUCUUGUGCACUGUCAACUCAGUAUGUUGACAAUCUGGUCACCAAAAAUGUUUCAUCCAAACAUAAGAUUUCUGUUAAAGAUGAAAAAUGGGAUGCAAACUUGUGGGAGGAUACAUUCAGAACAGUAGAAAACACUCCUCCAAGGGAAGAGACUUUGUCCGACUGGGUGAAGAGGUAUAGCAAAGAUGCUCAAGAGCGUUCUAAAGCAUGCCAGCCCAUCCGUGACGAAAUAUCCCGUUUGCAGGAAGAACUAUGCAAAAAACUCAACUUGAAAGAUCUCGUGUGGGCCUGUGGAUGGGGAACGUCUCAUUUCCGUGGUUGUCUUCAGUCGUUUCAAUCUCUUGUCACUCAUCAUCCUGAAGAGAUGGAAAUCUUAGCUGGGAAAACCGUGAUUUUCGGCAGCGAGUCUGGGGUUUCUCUUCAAGGGCAUGUUGUACUGAAUAGCGGAGAGGUACGCCACAAUUGGCUGGACGUGAUCCGUAACUUGCUACAUUAUGAAAUUCCGCUAAAGCGAGUACCUGCGUUGGAGAAAGCCCUUUCUCGUUCCAUUUGUGAAAUUAAAGUGGCACAACGCCUAUUUCGGCCAGAGCUGUUAGCAGAGGCUUACGAGUCUCAUCUGAGGAUGUUAACAACCAGCAUGGGUGACUACCGUGCACGACAUCAGUUUCCCAAUGAAUGGCCAGAGAACAUGAGCAACUUUCAUUUAGUUGUCGAAGGGGAAGCCGGUCCUCUGAUGCUGUCUCCGAGUGGACAGUUCAUUACUCCGUCUUCUUGUCCAAUAUCUUUGCUCGUUUCUUUCAUAACAGCAAAUCUUGAGGAAGCCCGUUCACGGCUAGAUCAUUAUGUGGCCGACGUGAGGCAAGAAAAAGCCUUGAUUUCAGAAUGCAUGCAAACGUUUGGACUUUUGAGUUUGGACAAAGAUGACAACGUAACUCCGUCUGAAUGUAGCCAAUGCUGCCGACAGUUGCUGAAACAAAUCGAUUAUUUACGUCCAGUCUUGCAAAAUGGUCGUAUUCGCAUCACGCAUUACUACUCCUUACUUUCGGAUGGCGAAAUGUGCAUCCCAUGGAAUGCAAAAUAAAAUGAAUCUACAUAUUGCUAGAGCCGUCUGACGUGUGAAGUAACACAAAAAUACUUCUUAUAUUAAAACAAAUGCUUUCAUAUAUAAAUGUCUUGAUUAGAAUAUGCCUCGCGGUUGUGUUUAAUUGCAUAUCAUUAUGUUCUUCUGCGUACUGUGUGUUUUGAAAAGCUUUUUCCUUUCACGUUUUUUGAAAAUUGAUUUACUUAAAAUUAUAAUAUUUUGCAAUGUAUUGAUGGUAUUCAUGAUUUUUGUCUAUUAUAUACAUAACUGAAAAAUAGAAUGCCAGCUAUUUGCUGUCGAUGGUA